UGCAUGGAAGAUACCGCUUACAAUUCCAAAAGCAAGCUAACACCUAUCCACCAAACGGUGUUUUGUGGACUCUAUUGAAGGGCCUACACUGAGUUAUUUGUUCUAUUUCCCGUGUAAAAUUGGGGCGGCCGUGUUUUUGGAUUAUUCCCCCACCUGCGCUCUUAACCUGCCGUCUGGGAUCGUGGCGUUCCCAAAUCCACUCCUGUGCUGAUUGAGCACUUCCACCACUGGGAUCUUACCUCGUUCUUGCUGUCAUCAUCAUAAUCUCGCCCUCCCGGUUUCCUUCUGUGAGAUUAACAUGGCCGCGAAGCAGGACAGACUGUGACUUUUCCUCGUACCGUUCCCCCGUUUUGUCGCUUGAUCUAUUUAAUCAAGUUUUCCCGUGAUUCGAGGUUGGUAUACUAUACAGAGCCAAAAUGCUGAACCAGAGUGCUGUGAUGAUCUUCACUGGGAUCUGUGGGGCAUUGGUGGUAAUGGCCAUUGCCUACUACGUCUACUGGUCUGUACUACUGUCCGAAGGCCCCUGCAAGCGAGGAUUAUAAAACGACCCCACCGUGGUCGGCCGGCAGAGUGUGUAGAGAGGAGCCGAGCUGGGCUCCCUGGGCUCCACCACCAUGGGUCUGCUAACCUACCUGAAGAGCCUCUUCAUCCUGCAGCUGCUGAUGGGCUUCGUGUUCGUCGUGAGCGGCCUCAUCAUCAACUUCAUCCAGCUCUGCACCUGUGUCCUCUGGCCCUUCAACAAGCAGCUGUACCGCCGGAUCAACUGCCGGCUCUCCUAUUCUCUCUGGAGCCAGCUGGUGAUGCUUCUGGAGUGGUGGUCAGGCACGGAUUGCACGCUCUACACAGACCAGGCCACGGUGGACUCAUUCGGCAAAGAGCACGCCAUCAUCAUCCUCAACCACAACUACGAGAUCGACUUCCUCUGUGGCUGGACCAUGUGUGAGAGAUAUGGCAUCCUAGGGAGUUCAAAGGUGUUGGCCAAACACGAGCUACUGAAGGUGCCUCUGAUUGGCUGGACCUGGUACUUCCUGGAGAUCGUCUUCUGCAAGAGGAGGUGGGAGGAGGACCGGGACACGGUCUUCAAGGGUCUGGACGCGUUGAAGGACUACCCAGAGUUUAUGUGGUUCCUGCUGUACUGCGAGGGGACCCGCUUCACAGAGAAGAAGCAUGAGAUCAGCAUGCAGGUGGCAGAGAGCAAAGGACUGCCCCGACUCAAGUACCACCUCCUCCCCCGAACCAAAGGCUUCACUACCACCCUGCAGUGUCUCAAGGGCACAGUUUCUGCCGUCUACGAUGUGACACUCAACUUCAAAGACCAGCAGACACCAACUCUGCUGGGCAUCGUGCAGGGCAAGAAGUACAAAGCUGACUUGAAGAUCAAGCGAUUCCCUGUGGAAGAGAUCCCAGAGGAUGAGAAAGAGUGUGCCAGCUGGCUGCAUAAGCUCUAUCAGGAAAAGGACGCCCUCCAAGAGCACUACCACAAGGAGGGCAGCUUCCCCGGGCCCACCAUCAUCCCUCCCCGACGCCUGUGGACGCUCCUCAACUUCCUGUUCUGGGCCACCCUGCUGCUCUCGCCCCUCAUCAACUUCGCCUACGGCGUGGCAGUCAGCGGCUCGCCCCUCCUCAUCAUCGGCUUCCUCCUCUUCCUCAUCGGAGCCUCCAUCGCUAUCCGUCGUCUCAUCGGUGUCACCGAGGUGAACAAGACGGGCUCCAGUUACGGCAACCCGGAGGCCAAGAAGCAAAACUAAAGCUCUUCAUCCCCCUGGCCUCCCCUCCUUCCACCCCCCCCCCCCCCUCUGGGCCCGCCCCCUCUGGCCCCGCCCAUCCCCCCCUCUCUGCACCCAGUACACCGGAGUCCUCCCACCACCUCUGUUCUCCCUCGGGAUGGGGCACUAAGGCUCAAACUAAUGAAUCAAAUAAAAAUCAAAAGUUUUAAAUAAUAAAUAAUGUUAAAUGACUUACAUGAGACACGAUAGAGGGAGAGAGAGAGAUAGGGAGGGGGAGAGAAAGAGAGAAUUUAGACUGUUGACCUAGCUUCUCUGGAGUAGACGACGCAGGGAUUAAUAAUAAUCCCUUUAAGGACACACUCAAGAACGGGGGUGGGGGAGUGCUUGUACGCCCCCUCCCCCGCCCCUCUCCCCUGAACGCCCCACCCACCCGAGUCGUGGGCGGCCAAUCCGUUUGCGCCGUUUCACCAGGCGCUCCACCUCCACCACAACACCACGUCUGACGCCCCUCGCCCAACCUCGCCAGGAAGAAGGAAAGAACGACUUAUCUUGGUGUCCCCAGGACAUUCACCCUUCUGUUGUUGUUCUGUUCCUCAUCCCAGCACACGGUUGAAGUUUUCCUGGUAUCGUUUCGCUAACUGCGAUGAGUAAAGGGCCUCAGUCCCCCUGAGGGCUCGGCCCGGUUCCCCUUGUUGUGGUUGCGUCAUGUGCGGGUAUUUUAUCAACCGUUAGGAACUCGGAACAGGCUCUGAGGUCUCUGGGGACCAGAGAAGGAAGCAGUUUUCAAUAAUGACGAUAAUGAAUAAAGUAUCCCGACAAGUAGUCAGUGGGCUUUCAUUGGUAGUCACUGAGAACCAUUUCUCAUUUCCAUUUGGCUAUUCCCUCUCGACCUUGAAAAGCAAUUGCAUAAAGUGAUUGCUCUUCAUCCACCUGGUUUCAGCCCCAACCACGUCGAAAUCUUGGUAAGAUCUUUCAGCACUUGAUUUAUGUUGUCAGCAGUGUACUGGCAAGUGAUACAAUCUAAUUGUAACAUGUCAUAUGUAAGAUAAAAAAUCUUUAUUGACAUAAAAUGUAAAUGUAUCUUUGGUAUUCUGGCAACACAUUAAUAUCUGUAAAAUAAACAGUUCACGGUAUAAAAUAGCUACAACAGACCACAAACAGCAUGGAAUUGACAGUGAAGAGCAACACAGCAGCAAACUACAUGAUAAAAUACAUUUUCAGCAGCAGCAGUGUUCAUGGGAGGGGGAUGUUAGUUGAUUAUUUUACUAUAGGUUCUGGAGUUGCCAUUUUUUUGGUCUCCGGUGUUCUGGCUGGCCUGGGUGACAACCUCAGCUCCUUCAUGUGUCUAACUGAGCAGUUCCCAUACAAGGAGACCAUUUUAAAGGUGAGACCACCGGCCUGUGUCCUGUUGACCCUAGGCUGCUGGCAUUGAAGACCCCAGGUUCCUGCAAUAUAUCUGCAAGAAUAAUAUUCAAACCUUGCCUUAAUUCAAGCUGGUUAUGCAAAGGAGUGCUUAUUUAUCUUUGUCAACCCCUUAUUUUCGUUCAAUCAAGGGGUAUAUCUUUCUUUACCCACCGCAGCGAUGUGUUGAUCAUUAGGGGGUCAGAGCAUUGACUAAUAAUUGACUGCUGUUUUGUUUGAAUAGGUAACUUAGCGCUGCUCAGUAGUUAAAUGAAAGCUGCAUUUCAUUUUAUACCGUGCUAUAUGCAGCUCUAUAUAUUACUGUUUUGUGUCCAAUAUCUCACUAAAAAAGCUCUCCGGCCGCUUCUGAAAACAAGUUUUAAGGCAGGUUUGAACUGUGACUAAAUCGAGUUGCUGAACCCUACAUGAUCCGACCUCUUUGUCAAGUGACCACAGCGAUUAGUUAUAGGCUCUGGAGCCGCCAUAGCCUUGUGUUCAGAAGAAGAGACGUUAUUGGAGUCAUACAAGCCUCGAUAUUAUUCAGUGCUGUUUUUUUUUUAUGCUUUCUGACGGCCAGACAUUGAGCAGGGACAUGGAGAUGUAACGGGGAAGAUGUUUUAAUACAUUUCAAAUCGGGAUUGACAACCCGCUGCUUGAUUCUGAAGUUUCUAUAGAAACUCCCGCCAUACAUUCCUCCUCCACCAUCAGUACCACCACACACACGCACCGGUCCGCUGUUCGCAACUUGCAAUCAGAACAUAUUCAACGUAACUUAUUUGCAUCAAUUGAAAAGAAUCAACCCUAAGAACUCAUGGAGGUUUAAGUCGAGAAUUCACUAUUCCCUAUUUUCCAUCCCAUUAAGCCAGCAAAUUUGUGCGGUCCUGCCCCUCUUGCAGGUCUUCGAUAGCUUUGUACAGUAGAGAGGGAAAGAAUUAGACAUUCGCUGGAGGGGUUUAAUUUUGUACUGAAAGGGGGGGAAUCCACGCCUAACUUAAUAUUUUUGUGUUCAGAUUUCUUGAAAAGAAAAGCACUGCGAUCCAACGUUGAAUCUCGAAAGUACCGGUAGUUACUUUAGUGGCACCUCUUGAGUCUUUCUUUCUUUUUUAAAGUCAAAUUUGUAUGGGUUUUAUUUGAUUAACUAAAAUAUUAAAUAAUUAAAUCACA